AUGGUACAUGUGCUGGGUCUCAUUGACAACGGCAUCGUGACGGAAGAACUCACUGAGUUUGUGGAUAUGUUUCCAACUCUAGUAGAAGCUGCAGGUCUUCCUGUUCUUGACCUGUGUCCAGAAAACUCUACCAACGUUCUAGUCUGUUCCGAAGGCAACAGCUUGGUUCCUCUGAUGAAAGAUCCAGCAAGUCCUAACUGGAAGAAAACAGUCUUCUCACAGUACCCAAGGUCUGCCGAUAACGGUCACCAGAUGGGCUAUAGCAUGACCACAGCUAAAUACAGAUACACCGAGUGGGUGAAGUUCGACAUGAAACCUCUCUAUAAGCCGGAUUGGAACAAGGUUUAUUGUGUUGAGCUGUACGAUCAUAUUAAGGACCCUGAGGAAAACUAUAACCUGGCUUAUAAUUCUGCUGAAAAGAAACUUGUAUCUGAACUACGGAAAGAGCUGCAUUUUUUAUUAGCGGCAGCGAGAACUUCGAUCUGA